AUGAGCAGCGCGGUCAUAGUGCGGAGGCUAGCGGCUCUCUCCGGGGCUUCAGCGGUCGGACUGGGGGCGUACGGAGCUCACGGUUUCAAAAAUGCAGACCCUGAUGACUACAACAUAAUGCUUUUUGAAACAGCGAAUAAGUACCACUUCUACCACAGCCUGGCCCUGCUCGGAGCGGCCCAGUGCCGGCAGCCUGCGGUGGCUGGCUCUCUGCUCAUCGCUGGGAUGGGUCUGUUCUGUGGAGCUCUGUACCGUCAGGCCCUGACCGGAGAAGUGGCCCCCAAGAAGGUGGCUCCCAUGGGGGGCAUGGCCAUGAUCGCAGGCUGGCUGACCCUGCUGCUGUGA